AUGCGGUUGGCCUCCGGAUUUCUAGCACUGACCUGCCUUGUGCCAGGGAUUCUGGCCACAGCGGGCCUCGAAUCGUCUGAUGCGAAUGGUGACAGCCUAACCGUUCGGACUCGUACCGGAGUGUAUACCGGAGUAGUUGAGGAUCAGUACCCCAACACCCGCAUCUUCAAAUCCAUCGCUUUUGCAGAACCUCCUGUGGCCUCGCGGAGAUGGCUACCUCCGGCCAAGCUUCCCAACUCCACGACACAUCAUACUACAUACCAUUAUCCACCUUCCUGCCCGCAGUUUGUGUCUUCCGCGACUUCCCUGUGGAACCAGUACCUGGGACCCGGGGAUGAAAUAUACAAUGGGAAUCAAGGGUACAGCUCCGGUCUCGUGGGAGAAGCGACAUCUGAAGACUGUCUGUACCUUGCCAUCUGGACGCCAGCCAACGCUACGACCGCAUCCAAGCUCCCUGUCCUAUUCUUCAUGACCGGUGGAGCUUUCACCACCGGCGGAAUCAACAUUGGGUGGCAGAAACCUACAAAUUGGGUCGAGCGUACCCAAGAACACAUUGUAGUGACUAUCAACUACCGUGUGAACAUCUUCGGCUGGCCCAAUGCGCGGGGACUGAAGGAACAGAACCUGGGUAUUAUGGAUCAGCGCGCUGCUCUGGAGUGGGUAUACGAGAACAUUGAACAAUUUGGCGGUGAUCGCUACAAGAUCGUGCAAUGGGGCCAGUCGGCUGGGUCGCAAAGCGUCGACUUCCACUCUUAUGCCUAUCAUGACAACCCACUGGUAUGUGGAUACUUCAUGCAGUCCGGCACUGCACUCAAGUCACUUGGAUUCUCGGACUAUGACCAGACGAACUUUACCUUUGUUGCCAAGCAGUUCAACUGUGACUUCCCCAAUCCCGCAGCCGAGCUCGAGUGCAUGCGACAAAUUCCCUUUGCGCAAAUCUCAAAUUUCAUCGGCCAGUACUCAGACAAUGGCACUGAACCCGCGCUGAGCUUCAGUGUCGUUCCCGACGAGCGCUUGAUUUUCAGCGAUUAUCCCGCCCGCUCAGCUGCAGGGAAGGUCGCACAUCGCCCUGCAAUCAUCUCCAACUGUGCCAACGAGUACGCAUCCUUGAUCACCUAUCCCGUGAACAAUUUGACUGCUGGCCCGGACCCGGAUGCCGUAUUGGAGGGUGAUCUGACUGACUGGAUCUGCCCCACGGCCAACUCGACGCUUCUUCGCAACCAGCAAAAUAUCUCCGUUUACCGCUACCAGAAUGCUGGACAAUAUCCGAACCUGAAUCCAUUCCGCUGGCUCGGCGCCUACCAUGCUAGUGAUCUGCCGAUGAACUUUGGCACCUAUCCUAUUCAGGAGUACCUGGGGAAUAGCACCACCUUCGAAGCGGAGGUCAGCCGGACCAUGCAGGAUCAUAUCCUCGCCUUCCUGAAGGAUCCGUUGAACGGACCGCAGUCACUUGGGUGGCAGCCAGUGAACUCCUCGCUCGUAUCGGGCGGCAAGGUGCUUCGCUUCGGGGCUGAUGGUAAGGCAGUCCAGCAGGUGGAUCGUGUUGAGAUUGACGGACCGUGCCGGGGGAUUGGCCAAUACAACCAGUUCCCAUAA